UCGAAAUUUGCUGAAUUCGCCGCAUAUCAUUCUUUUAGAAAAUAAAUUGUGUCGGAAGUAAUUCUCUUUGGCUUUUGAAUUUAUAUUUUCUAGUUAUGCUAACCGGUUUCUUUUUAAUAAUAAUUGAAGUUCCUUGAUCCAAGAUGUUCUUGUAAAAUUAUAAUUAUCCAAAAAAGUCAUCGACGAGAGAGAGAGAGAGAUAAUUCUCGAUUUGUCUGCGUGGAUAUCAAUCAGAUUCCAGAUUUCAGGUUCAUUGCGAUCCUCAACGGUAUUGAUCUCAGGGAAAAGAGAAGGAACAAAACCAACAGACACGUAAAAGGAAAGACUUUUUAUGGGCAUUUGGAAUUCAGGAGCUUCCGGUUUCCAUAUCAUAAAGUGAAAAAAUCUUUGGUGUUUCUCAAUGCGUUUUCAGGAUUUUGCCGAAAGAGUUCGAGCUCGAUCACCAAUUAUCAGCCAUUAGAAAUUUAUUCAUUUUGGCUUUUUCUCUGAAUUGGAAAAGUUAAGUAGACUUAUUAGGUUUUGGGAUUCUUUAUUAAAUUUUGUUUGUAUAUAUACAAAAAGGUUUUUGUCUCAGGGGGACUGUUAGUGGGGUAAAAUUUAGUUUGUGUGGUAGCCCCAUGAUUCACACUGGAUCUUAGAGAACUUUCUGGCGUUCGAAAAACGAUGACUUGGGCAUCGCCAAAGGGUUCCUCUGCAUAUCCAACGACUCUUUCACGGAUUGUAAUUUCAGUGAUUUUGGUGGCUUUGCUGCUAACUGUGUCUUUUUUAGUUUCACACCCAAUUAGCUCCACUAUAGGCGAGUAUUUUUAUAGCAUUGAUAGCUCUCAGAAAUUGGAAUUGUCAGUCUUGCAAGCUAAUCAGACUUCCAUUGAUACCCAUUUAGAUGUAGUUCAUAACAAUGUGUCAUCUGACUCUAGUACGCUAGUUCCUCCGAAAUCUAGUUCAUCCCAAGAUGGAGUAGAUGAGAAAUUGCCCACGAAUUCAAAUUUGCCCACGAGUUCAAAAGAUUCAGGGAUUGCUCCUGAAACCCAGAAGGUGAAAAAUAAUCCAGAAGAUGACAACGAAAAAGCAGUCAAUAAGAAUGCAGUGACUGUUAAUAGUUCAACUGGUUCGUUGAUCGGUGACAAUUUUGAAGCAGUUGGUAAGAAUCCAUCUGAAAAACCCAAUUCAGAACUGCCCGUGAAUUCCACUAUUCCAUCUGUUGUUCAAGAGGGGAUAAAAGAUGUGGCAGCACCUGUUUCGGUGCCGUCAUCUGGUUCAACCCAAGAAGAUGCUUCAUCCAAUGUUACGAAGAAUGAGACUGUCGUUGGACAAUUUGUUUCUCAGGGAUCUCUGAGUGGUUCUAACUUUGUAGAUAUGGGAUCAAAUAAUACUACUCCAGCUUACUCUGAUUCCAAAUCAGAUGCUAGGCCAGCUAUCUCUCCUGGUUCUGAUACCAGCAACGUACAUAGCGCUGGUUCAGUUGAUUCAGGCUGUGAUCUGUACCACGGAAAUUGGAUUUAUGAUUCAUCUGGACCGUUAUAUACGAACAAUACAUGCCCAGUUCUGACACAGAUGCAGAACUGUCAGGGAAAUGGAAGGCCUGACAAAGACUAUGAGAAUUGGCGAUGGAAACCUUCUCAAUGCGAUCUCCCCCGUUUUGAUGUGCAUAAAUUUCUAGAUUUGAUGAGAGGGAAGACAAUAGCUUUCAUUGGUGACUCGGUUGCUCGAAACCAGAUGGAAUCAAUGCUGUGCAUUCUCUGGCAGGUAGAAGUUCCAAAAAACCGGGGUAAUCGAAAUAUGCAACGAUACUUUUUUAAGUCCGCAAAUGUAAUGGUUGUACGGAUUUGGUCUUCAUGGCUUGUCAAGCAAACAUAUGAACCAUUGGAUUUUGCUCCAGAAGGUGUUACCAAGCUCCACCUUGAUGCUCCUGAUGAUCAUUUGAUGGAAAUUAUUCCAAAGUUUGAUGUAACUGUUCUUUCUUCUGGCCAUUGGUUUGCCAAGCAGUCUGUCUAUGUCUUGAACAAUGAGAUUGUGGGAGGACAGUUGUGGUGGCCAGACAAGUCCCGUCCUAUGAAAGUUAACAAUAUUGAUGCAUUUGGAAUAUCUGUGGAGACAAUUCUCACUGCCCUUGGUACACAUCCAAAUUAUACAGGGCUUACCAUUCUGCGUUCCUAUUCACCAGACCAUUAUGAGGGUGGAGCAUGGAAUACAGGGGGAUCAUGCACUGGAAAAGAAAAGCCUCUUGCAGCUGGUGAACUUGUAGAAAAUGCCUUUACAAACAUAAUGCAUGAAAAACAGGUCAAUGGUUUUAACCGUGCACUUGCAAAGAUGACUAACAAGUCAAAGAUGAAGUUGAUGGAUAUCACUGAAGCCUUUGCAUACCGUCAUGAUGGGCAUCCCGGUCCAUAUAGAAAUCGAGACCCAAAUAAGCUAACAAAACGUGGUGCCGAUGGAAGGCCCCCGCCACAAGAUUGCUUGCACUGGUGCAUGCCUGGUCCGGUCGAUACAUGGAAUGAGCUUGUGCUUGAAGUCAUAAGAAGAGAACAUGAAGGCAACAUGAAUUUCUCAUCAUGAGAUUUUUGUCUUCUUUGUGCUUUAAACUUCAUUGUUGUGUCUCUCUAAAUUAAACAGUAAGUGGUUUAGCAAGAUUUAAUUUAUGUUUAGAGUGGGGGCAAAGGGUCAAUAUAUAUAUACAUAUAUAUAUAUUUUUUUAUAGCUUGUGGAGAUAUAAUUUAUUGUAAGAGAUGGGAAAAUUAGCAGCUAGUUAUGUAUUUAACGGCUCUUUUACUUUCAAUUAUAAAAUUGAUAUUUACUCAA